CGGCAUCGCUAGAUAAAUUGACUAUCAACAACUACUUCGGAAGCAAGCAAAGCUAUUCAACGAAAGACCAAACACUCCCAGUUCCUUCCAUACUCAUUUCUUACUUUGAACUCGAGCUUCUUUGUCUAAAAUGAAGCUAUACAGUCUAUCCAUGUUUCUCCUAUCGACCACUGUCAUUGUGUCUGCAAGACCGGCAGUAGAAGCGCCCCAGGCUUGUAUUUCUCAAGAGGCGGAUGUCGCAGAGCCUAAUGCUGUUCACCUUCGUGUUGAGGAGAGCGAUGCCCGCGAUCCAAAUUAUUAUCUUGGUUUUUGCUCCACUAUCUAUCAGGAUUGCUCUAUAUGUGUGAACGGAGUAUUACAUCGUACCAAUUGUUAUCAUCAAAACCUGUGCACGCAUAUAAAUAACGCCUGCAACUACUCACUCCUGACGGGUAUUACCGUUUGUUCCUAGAUUGGGGCUGAAGAUAGUCCUUUAUAUGAUACUGGGGAAGGGGGAUGGGAUGUUAGGGACCUGGAUCUAUAAAGUCCUCUAAAUAUAAGUUUGCGAAAGCCAGUGGUUAUAUUUCUAUAAAAUUUAUAACUAAUACUAGUAAAUUACAUCAGCAAUGUUACUUCCAGUAAGUUACAGACGACUAGUGCAACGGUGGCUCGGCAGAUAAAUAAAUAGGGUGA